AUGGUUAUUGCAAUACGAAUAUCAAUAAUAUGGCUUUUGGUCAUUGGAUUAUGCCUGGUUAUGUUGGCGCGAUUGAGCAGGGGUUAUAAUGAUCUUGAAUUAGAAAAGGGCGGGCAGAGCUCGCUCCUUUUGCCUCGUCAAGGUCCAAGUCAAAUUGGUUCCGCAGAUAAGCCUAGUCAUUCAGAUAAACCUAGUCCAGAUAAAUCCGAUUCUUCUAGUUCCAGUAGUUCCAGUAGUUCCAAUGAUAAUCAUAGUUCUAGUAGUUCCAAUGAUAAUUCUAGCAAAUAUAAGUCUAGUACUUCAGAUGCAUCCAAACCCAACACUAGUUCAAAAUAUGACAGCUCUACAUCUAGUUCUUAUAAAUCCAGCUCUUCUACUUCAAAUAAAUCCAAAUCCAACACCAGUCCAAAAGACACGCCUGCUGAUGACAGCUCUACGUCUAGCUCUUAUAAGUUCAGCCCUCCUAAGUCCAACACUUUUAAAUUCAGCUCUUCUAAGUCCAGUACUUCUUCAGAUGCAUCCAAUUCUGACAACACGUCUGCUGAUAACAGCUCUCCUAAGUCCAACUCUCCUAAGUCCAGCUCUUCUAAACCCAACUCUUCCAAGUCCAGUACUUCUUCAAAUCCAUUCAAUUCUGACAACACGUCUGCUGAUAACAGCUCUUCUAAGUCCAACUCUCCUAAGUCCAGCUCUUCUAAACCCAACUCUUUUAAGUUCAGUGCUUCAGAUACAUCUAAAUCCAGCACCAAUCCAGGAGACACGUCUGCUAAUGUCAGCUCUUCUAAGUCCGGCACUUCUAAACCCAACUCUUCCAAGUCCAGUACUUCUUCAAAUGCAUCCAAUUCUGACAACACGUCUGCUGAUAACAGUUCUUCUAAGUCCAACUCUCCUAAGUCCAGCUCUUCUAAACCCAACUCUUCUAAGUUCAGUGCUUCAGGUACAUCUAAAUCCAGCACCAAUCCAGGAGACACGUCUGCUAAUGUCAGCUCUUCUAA